AUGUGUGAUAUUAAAAAAUACACACCGUCCACAGCAGUUCCGGCCGGGCGUGCGCAGGGGACGUCAUGGGUAAGCGUGGGGCCCACGUGCGCGCUCACGCUCAGGGCCGGGCAAAGCCUGCGCAGCCUCAGGCUCCUCCGUCCGCCCCGGGGUCGGGGGGCGGGGUCAGAGGUUGUCCGGAAAGCCGGACGGCCCCCUUCGCGUCGCCGGGCCGCCGCGGUCGCUCCAACGCCCGCGUGCAACCCGGCGAAGGAGGGACACGCGGCGCGCGCCUGGCCAAGCCAGUCCCCGCGGCACGCGGCGAGGACGGCCGCGGUGAGGCGGCACCCGCCCCGCCAGAGCGACAGGCGCGCCUCCCUUACCGUCUCGACCCCACAAGGGAGCUGCUCACCGCAGCGGGCACCCCAGAGGACGAAGGCACCGCUCAGCCCCCGGCACCAGAGGGGCGGCCGUGCGGGGGCACUGCCUGGAGCGGACACGCUCCCGCACCAACGGGGGCGCGCAGGCGGCGGCGGGCCCGCCCCGCCCACCACCGCGGGGAGGGCCGCCUGCGAGGCACUUGAAGAGGAGUUGAGAAGCGAGAGUGCCUGCUGCUCAGAGGACCCCGGCCCCUUCCACGCCGUGAGGCAGGGGCGGGAGACCGAGAGUCCGGCCGGAUGCCACACCCCGCCUUCCACGGCGGACAGGACGAAGAGCGGCCCUGUUGGCCAUGAACGUCCGUUCCUCGUCCGGCCUGGGAGAGCAGGACAUCACCACAUGGAUCGAUGGGCAGGAAGUGAAAAAGCAUUACUGGGCAGGAAGAGAAGCAACCUGCAAUGUGCCUGUAUGCCUGGAACUAAGAUAAUAGGUACAUCAGCUGUACUUCAAUAAGAAAGAGAAAAUCUUGACUCCUCAGACUGCCUCGAAAGCUCCGAGACUGCAGAAGUGACUCACUUCCCUCAGCUGAAGACUAGUGCUCCCCAUUUGUUUGAAGACUGUACAGAGACCUUUGUCUUUCAUGGCAACACCCCCUCCCCCUUAAAAUCUCCCGUCAUGCCCCUUGAUAGCCCUCGUUGGUUGAGGUAGAAUAACUAGGAUCAAGUCGUAAGAUAUCUGCCCAGGAAGUGGAUACUGUAAGGGAGGAAAGGGCCUAUACACUGAAGGAGCUAAGGAUUUCGUUGGCAAGAGCACAGGGCGUACGUGUGGGACUGACACCCACAGUAGGUACUAUAUCAGAGGAGCAGACUUAAGAGUUAUCUGAUUUUAUGAAGAAUUUAUAGACAUGGACACGUAGCAGUUAAUGCCCUGGUGAGGACCAUAGGAGGUGACACGAACAUCCUGAUAGGAUGCUCCUGAAAGCUUGGAGAAAGCGAAGGCCCACACUAAGUUAAAGUGAAAAACUAGAACUUCCAUGGCACACAGUGGAAGGAGGGAUCAAAACACCCAGAGAAAUGAGCAUGUUGGAGCAAGGCCAACUGCAUUCUAGAGUGUCUGAAAGACACUACAGUCCCCAAAGCAGGAAGGAAUACACUGGAGAAUUGGGCAAAAAUCUCAUGGAAAGCUGAGUGGUACUCUGCCUUCUGCAGGCCAGGGAAGAAGAGCAGGAGAUGUUACACAGCUGGGCUCCUUGAUAGCAAUGGGAUAAUAGGAUCUGAUGUUGUGGAGUCCAGGUGGCUGCACUUAGUAGAGUACAGUCAAGUGGGCAGAAUUAUUGUAAUCAGUUUCAAGGUCUGAGCAGUAGCAGAGAGGCCUGGCCUGUAGGGAGUUCUGAAAAUGGUUACUAGGACACAGUAUUCUUGGGGGCAAGAUAGACAGGCAGCCACCAAGAACAAUACCUAUUUUAUACAACAAAUAAGUCAAGAAUAGAUGAUCAGGAGGCUGAGGAAAGCUACCCCAUAUGAUGCUAAAUGGUCAGCAUCCUUGCUCAGUUUCCAGAUGUGAGCCAGUUCUUGGGCCCAGAAUCCAUUUAAUGGAGAAGAGGUGGGUCGAAAUGAAGGAUUCUCAACACUGUCAAGAACAUACCUUAGGGAUUACCCAAUCUUCCCCGGAGGGACCUACCACAUGUUCUCAGGUAAAUGUAUGCAGAGGAAAGAGAAAUAGCACGUAGGCCUUUCAAGAACUGUUAGAUACUGGGUCCAUGCUGACAUUGAUAUCUGGGGUACAAAGUUAUCCUGCCCCCCAUUAGAGUGGUUCAGAUAAUAUGUGGAAUCUUGACCCAGGCCUGGCUCGUAGUGGGUCUGCUAGGUUCCCAUCAUGGUUAGGAGCAGUAUUCGCAAGUGGGAAUACGCUGGCUUCAGAACCUGAAGAUACCUAACAGGCAUUGUGUUUCCUUUUUAGUGAUAGAAGGUACCACUUCUUCUACUUUGGAGAGAAUAUCCUAGCACAACCCAGACCACCAAGUCCCUAAUAACAUUACUAAUAGGGGAGCCCUUAGUGUUCACAGGGUUUACCUUCCAUCCUCUGAAGCCCAUUCUUACCGAGGCCCCCAAUGUCAUUGCCAUUUUUUGUUCCUCUUUGAUCAAUUAACAUUAUAUCAAUAGAAUGGACCAAUGUAGUAUUCUGUGAAAAGGCCAGAUAGUCCCGGGCCAUUUGGAGGGUGGAAGGGAUGACAAGUGGCAGUGUAAAUGUAUUCUGUGGUCAGUCAAUCCCAGGGGAGCAAGAUCUGUUUCUGAACCUCUUUUCUGAUAAAGAGGAAAAAUAAAGCAUUUGCCAGAUGAAUAGCAUGGAUGCUCUUUGGAGGUGGCCACAGGCCACAUUCUGGAAGGAAGCAAAAUCUUAGGUGUGGAAGCUCCCUGAGGUCAAGGCCAAUGCCGCAAGAGGAGCGCAGCCGUGAGCAGCCAGAGCUAAUACUCCCCUGUGGCUGCGGAGUGGGUGAUGGGUCCUGACAAGGAGAUCUGAGUGGGGACCACAGUAGCCAUUACAAUAACUAAUUCCCUUAGUCUUAGUGAGAAUAAGUUAUGUAAAACCCAGAAAGCAUUAUUAAGAUUUUAAUAUUACAUUUAGUUACUGGAUUGGAGGAGAAGAAAUGUAAAUCUAUUAAGUAAUUUACUUUUUGGAAAGUUCUAUUAUUCCUAUCAGUAACUUUUUCCUUAUUGAAGUGGAUCAGAAACCCAGAGUGUUUAGCAAGAUCUUCAUAUUUUUUUCCAGUUACUAUAUACUUUCAGUGUGUGUACUUUAAGUUAAUUUGACCUUGUCACUUGAAAAGGGUUCUCACUUGGAUCCUGGAAUCAAUAUAUAGAUGUGAAUAGCCUUGUCCAUACACAGAAUGCUGACACUUUCCAGCAGGGGGGAAGACUUAGCAAUAAGAAUUCAACACAGAGGACCUGGCCGACUUUUGCAGACAGAAGGAGCAGCAACCUGAAUUAAGGCUUGUCUGUAACAGUGUUCCAGCCAGUGUUCCAGCCAGGACUAAACGCAAUAAUACACAUAUUGAUUGACCUCGCUCCUCCAGCCUCGCAGUUUGUAUGGUGGUGCAGAUUAGAACAAUUUGAUUUCUUUGUUUCUGCCUUCUGUAGAGCAGGCAAUUUCCCUUGGCCCUUGGGCAGCAUUUCCAAGAGGCAGAACAGCUCAUCUUAAAGAAGUCUUAUCAUAGACUUUGCCUUGGUGAAUAAAGAAUAAAAUCUCACUCUGCCCGUCUUUCCCACAUGCUUGGGAUCUAAAUGUUGGAGAAGCAACUCACAGUUUCCCUAGGUCUCAGUCCUACUGUUUUGAAAUGAAGAAGUUGAACCCAUGAUAACUGUGGACACUUUCAUCUCUGAAAUUGUUCUCAAGGUCCUGAUAUCAUCUUUCUGUACUUAGGUUAUCCUAAAAUUGACUUUCACUACCAUUGGCCAAUGCAUCCCACAUUCAGUGGUGUUUGAAACAAAAUCAUAGUAUUAUUAUUAUUGUUAUUAUUUUAUAAAAGUAAUACAUGAUUUUCAGAAAUAAGCGUCUCCAGAUGUAGAGAAUGGACUUGAGGACAUGGGGAGGGGGAAGGGGAAGCUGAGACUAAAUGAGAGAGUGGCAUGGACGUAUAUACACUACCAAAUGUAAAAUAGAUAGCUAGAGGGAAGCAGCCGCAUAGCACAGGGAGAUCAGCUGGGUGCUUUGUAACCAC